UUGCCUGCCGGGACGCUGGAGAAAAGGGAGGUGCCUGGCAGACUGUGGGGGGUCGCUGGGCCGGCCGGCUGGGCUUCCUUGAGGGGUCCCUCGCCCUCAGGAGGAAAAAGACGAGCCUGUAGGCCCCUCGGCUUCCCAUCUUCGAUUCUUGUUUCAGGUUCAGGCUUCGGACUACUGGCCCCAGCAGCUGUCACUUCUACCGCCACGGGGGCGCCGAGCCAGGGACCCGCCUUGUCCUUUGGCGCUAAACCCGGAGGUACAACUGCCACUUCUGUGGCACCUGCCACGACGACUUCAACUUCCCUCCUGGGCCUGUCAGGGCCCACGCUGUUUGCAUCCGUAGUGGGCUCCUCAGCUCCAGCUGCCUGCACUGCCACUAGCCUUUCAUUGAGUACCUCUUCAACAGGGGCAGCCCCCGUUGGGACAUUGGGAUUUGGCUCAAAAAUGCCUGGAGUCACGACAGCAGCAACAGCUGCCCCCCCAACAGCUGGGGCUGCUUCCGUGCCCAGCGGAGGAUUCUCCUUGAACCUGAAGCCCCUUGCCACGACUAGUGCCGCAGUUUCCACCUCCACUGCAACCACCACAACUGUCAUGGCUCCCCCUGUGAUGACUUAUGCCCAGCUGGAGAGCCUGAUUAACAAAUGGAGCCUGGAACUGGAGGACCAGGAGAAGCACUUCCUUCAGCAGGCCACCCAGGUCAACGCCUGGGACAGGACAUUGAUUGAAAACGGGGAGAAGAUCACAACGUUACACAGAGAAGUAGAGAAGGUGAAGCUGGAUCAAAAGAGGCUGGACCAAGAGCUGGACUUCAUUUUGUCUCAGCAAAAGGAGCUGGAAGACUUGCUGAUCCCGCUGGAGGAAUCUGUGAAGGAGCAGAGUGGGACAAUCUACUUGCAGCACGCGGAUGAGGAGCGAGAGAAGACAUACAAGCUGGCAGAGAACAUCGAUGCCCAGCUAAAGCGCAUGGCCCAAGAUCUGAAAGACAUCAUUGAGCACCUGAAUACCUCCGGGGGCCCUGCAGACAAUAGUGACCCGCUUCAGCAGAUCUGCAAAAUUCUGAACGCACACAUGGACUCUUUGCAGUGGAUCGAUCAGAACUCAGGUACUUGGUGCUGAAUCCCUACAGAGCGGCAGUCCCUUUUUGAUAGCCAGGCACAGAAUCGUGGCCCUGGAGGUGUUUGAGUCCAGAAUUAAACCCUCCCCCUCCCCCUUCAGUUUAAUUUGGCAGGUGUGCCUUUCUGGUCUUGAUCCCUCAUCUCUCAAGCUGCCCGUUGUUCUGCCAGGGCUGCUCCAGG